AUGGGACCGCGAUUGUAUGCGGAGAUUUUUGGUGGAUCAGUGAUUAGAGGUAUGGAUGAUGAGGAUGAUUUCGACAUCGCGAAUAAUUCAAUUGUGGAAAAGACUGUAUAG